UCUCGCAUCUAAGAAGCAAUCACCGCCCUGACCAUACCACCGGCUUCUUUCUCCUCCCUCACUCCCUGCGCCAGCCAUCUCGGCCGUUUGCCGCACUACGUCAUCGGACAACUCUGUCAUUGCCGGUUGCCUGCACGCCUCCGCAGGAUCUUUCUCUAUUUCUCCGUGGUCACCAUCACGGUGAAGACUAGAAUUCUUUACAAGGUUAAAGACAUGAAAGACCAACCUGAGUUAUUGAUACUGUAUGCAACUCAAACUGGCAAUGCACAAGAUGCAGCGGAGAGGCUAGGCCGAGAAGCUGAGCAUCGAGGUUGUGUUGUGAGGCUUCUUUCAAUGGAUGAAUACGAUGCUAGUCAUUUACCUCAUGAAGAUGGUAUAAUUUUCGUCGUCUCUACCACUGGCCAGGGUGAAACACCAGAUUCCAUGAGGGUCUUUUGGAAGUUCCUUCUACAAAGAAGUUUAGAUCAGUACUGGCUCAAAGGAGUACCUUAUGCUGUAUUUGGUCUAGGUGAUUCCAGUUAUCAAAAAUAUAAUUUUGUUGCAAAAAAGCUCGACAAAAGACUCUCUGAUUUGGGAGCAACAGCUAUUCUCGAAAGAGGCUUAGGUGAUGAUCAACACCAUUCUGGGUAUGAAGCUGCUCUAGAUCCUUGGAUGUUAUCAUUGUGGAGCUCCUUGAAUGAUAUUAAUCCAAUGUUUUUUUUGAAGGGCACUGAUUUUGUGUUUUCUAAUGACACAAUAAUUGAUCAACCAAGCGUUCAAGUUGCAUAUUACAAUAUGGGGAAGUUGGAUUCACCAUUAACCUCAGAUUUGAAGUGCACGGAGAUACAAAUUGAGAGAGCUCGCUUGAUGUCCCCUGGAAAAUUUUCUCAUGGCAAGAAAAAACCUGAUUGCUUUCUUAAAAUGAUAAAAAAUCAGUGCCUGAGUAAAGUAGGCUCUGGAAAGGAUGUGCGCCACUUUGAAUUUGAAUUUGUUUCUUCGGUAAUAGAAUAUGAAGUUGGUGAUGUUCUUGAGGUUCUUCCUAGUCAGAGCUCAGCUGCAGUAAAUGCUUUCAUACAACGUUGCAAUUUGGACCCUGAAUCAUUUAUCACGGUUUCUCCUAGAAAUAGGCGCAAACAGGAUCCUAUUCUAGCUGCCGAAAUGGGACCUGUCAAAUUGAAAACUUUCAUUGAACUGACGAUGGAUAUUUCGUCUGCUUCUCCUAGACGCUAUUUUUUUGAGGUUAUGAGUUACUAUGCAACAGCUCCACACGAAAAGGAAAGACUUCAAUAUUUUGCCUCACCUGAAGGAAGAGACGAUUUAUAUCAGUAUAACCAAAAGGAACGAAGAAGCGUCCUUGAGGUAUUAGAAGAUUUCCCUUCUGUCAAAAUGCCAUUUGAUUGGUUGGUGCAGUUGGUUCCUCCAUUGAAAACAAGAUCAUUCUCCAUAUCCUCUUCCGCUUUAGCUCACCCAAAUCAGGUGCACUUAACUGUAAAUGUAGUAUCUUGGAUGACACCAUAUAAACGGAAACGAUCGGGCCUCUGCUCAAGUUGGCUUGCUGGACUUGAUCCUGAACAAUGCGUUCAUGUCCCGGUGUGGUUCCACAAGGGUUCGCUUCCUGCUCCGGCCCCAUCUCUUCCCUUGAUUCUUGUUGGACCCGGAACAGGUUGUGCACCCUUUAGAGGAUUUGUAGAGGAAAGGUCCAUAGAGAAUACCUCUAUGGCAACUGCUCCAGUUUUGUUCUUCUUUGGUUGUCGAAAUGAGGACAACGACUUCCUAUACCGAGAUUUCUGGUUAUCACAUUCGGAAAAUCACGGAGUACUAUCAGAGGAAAAGGGUGGGGGCUUUUACGUCGCAUUUUCCAGAGAUCAACCACGGAAGGUUUACGUCCAACACAAGAUGCUAGAACAGAGUGAAAAGAUAUGGAACUUGCUUAGGGAGGGUGCUGCUGUAUACGUUGCAGGGUCAUCGACAAAAAUGCCUGCAGAUGUAUGGUCAACGUUUGAGGAAAUUAUAUCGAAAGAAACUCAGCUUCCACGGGAAUCUGCUGUAAGAUGGCUAAGGGCAUUGGAGAAGGCAGGUAAAUACCAUGUCGAAGCAUGGUCUUGACCUUACUUGUCUAUUGGUUGAUAGCUGAUAAUUCAACUUGGAAGAGAAGGAAAGAAACUUGACAAGAAAAGGGAUAAUCAGAUACCCAUUCUUCAAUUUGGGUUAAACGCUUUAGACUCUUAUGUUGUAUAUUUAGUGAAAAAAAGAAAGAAAGAAAGAAAGAAAACGAAUAAUCAGUGCCAGUUUUUAGGUUAUUGGUUUAUUAUUUUCAUUAUAGACUAUGCUUUUCAUUGAAAGAAAAAGGAGAUGUUUGUGAACAAUUUUUAGGUUGAUUCAUCCCAAUUCACAUAUAUUGGAUAUUGUUAUCACGAAAAAAAGCGAUAUUUGGAAGUUA